UGGCCGCUGUCCCCCCUCAGCUGUCCCCUCGUCUCUGCCGCAUUCAAAGCAGCCGCAGGGGGAAAGUCCCCGCCGGGGAUUUACAUGAGGAGGAAGGGGCCGUGUCCCCCGGCACCACCCCCGACACCUCUGCCCCAGGCAGGGCACUGCUCUGCCGCUGCUCUGCCCAAGCUGUCCCCGCCGAGUGCAGUGGGCGAUGGUUGAUCCCAGGAGGAGCCCAUGGGUGCUGCGGGCCGGGCUCUGCCUCCUGGCCCUGCUCUCAGGUGGGAUCUCAGCAGACAACAGCACCUGGAACAACACAGGUCUGGGGUGCCCCAGGGAGCUGCAGCACCCACACUACGUGGUGGCCAGGAGGAACGUUCCCCUCCACCUCAUCUGCUACACCCGAGACCCCCAGGGCAUGAGGUGGUACAGAACCAUGGGGGACAGUGAUGAACUCCACGAGCUCAACAACACCUCCCGCUACAGCAUCCAGAGGAACAACAGCUUCAUCAGCCUGAGCAUCCUCAGCAUCACCCCCACUGACUGGGGUCUCUACGUCUGUGGCACCGAGCGCCGCGUGGUGCCGGGGAAGCGGCUGCACCUCUGUGCCACGGAGCUCCGGGUCCUGGGUCACGGCAGCAGGCAGCAGAUCCAGAACAGACAGAACCUGAAAGAUGCCAUCAUCAUCAUCCAGUCCAUCCUGCUGGUCAUCUUCCUCAGCAUCCCCAUGCUCCUCUUCCUAGAAAAGUAAGGUGAAGGCAAGCAAAGCCCAGAGGAGGAGCACACCUAUGAGGGCCUGGCAGUGGAGCAGAUGGCCACCUAUGAGGACAUCACUCCUUUCCGGGAUGUGAAGGCCAAGUGGACAGUUGGGGAGCACCCAGGAGAGGAGUGAGGGCUCUGCACCCAUCAUCAGCCUGGCACCCACAGCGUGAUUCCCUACUGGCACCCACAGGGAUGGUUCCCAGCCCCUGCCCUGGACCACAGCUCUGAUGGGCACCUGGAACUGGGCUCCUGCUGCCCUUGGGUGCUGCUAUGCCACAUCUGGGCCGUGCCCAGCACCGCUGCCCUGGCUCUCACUCUCACUGCCCCUCUGAUGGACCCCAAAAAGCCUCUGUAGAAAUUAGGAGUCACCUGCAGCCCCCCAAGCAGAAAACUCCCCAGGCUCUGGGCAGCCCCACACCAUGGCACUGAGCUCCUGUCCAGGGGAGUCAGCAGGGUGGGAGGUGUCUCCUCCAGCCCUGGGAAUCAGGGAACCAGAGACUCACCCAGUGCUGCAGGGACACUCCUGGGAUGCAGGACCUCACUGUGGCCCUGUCAGGGGAGCUGAGGUGAGCAGCACCCUGGGGGUGCUACAAGAAGUGGAUUUGGGGAUCCUGAAGCCAUGGCCAUGUCCAGCAUGACAGUUUUCUGAGACAGAAGAUCUUUCAGAGCACAUCUUUCUCCCCAAAUAUCAUAGGAAAAGCUGGAGGACCUUGCACAAGACUUGCUUAUCUCCAGGCGAGAGCUGGCCCAUGUCACAAGGAUGUCCCCUU